AGUAAACCAACAUUCAUACAUACGCAGAAUAUCAACGGAAUCGUGAACGUUUAUGUGGAGGACUCUGCUAUCGAGUUGUUCCCCUCUAUUUUGGUAGCACUAGUUAGCUGGCUGACUGUCUCGCUUGCUCGCUGGCUCGGCUGUUCGUGGCUGUGACGACGGCUCAAGAUGCCGGCUUCUUCCCAAACCCUUUUCCCGGCCUCCUCUUCCUCCGGCAACUCCGCCUCCUCCACGCUCAGUCUCAAUAGUCUGGACAACAUGGAGGCGGCCAGUCACGCCUUCAAUCACCACGCUUCGCACCAGGGAUUGGCCCCUGGUGGGGGCGUGGGUCAUCACGGCUUGAGUCCGGCGGGGAGUGGCCUCAAUUCGGGCGGACACGGGGCUUCUCGCGGAGGUGGCGGGAGCCACGCCGGGCCACCCCACCCUCACCACGGUCACGCCGCGGCUCACUUUGCGGGUCGUCACCACAGCUUCACGCUGCCCUCGUCCUCGUCGUCGUCUUCAUCUUCAAAUCCUGCGUGUACCUCAUCCUUCGAAGAGAGCCGAACUGUGCAAUUGGCCUUGGAACUGGCCAUGCUACAAGGGCAGCAAGCGGGGUUAGGCGGGAAUCCGUUGGUGGACUCGCCCACUGCUAGUCUUCACCACUCCCAACACAGUCACGGUAUGAAUGGUGGUGGCGGUUUAUCAGGCGUGAAUGGAAGCAGUGGUCUGAUGAGUGGCCACCAUUCGGACAACCCACUCCUGCACCCCUUUCAUUCAUCUCAAUACCCCAACCACGGAUCGCUGGAGGACCUCAAAGCUCGUCGCAGUCAGAAUAUGACCGAAUGUGUUCCCGUUCCCACGUCCGAGCAUGUGGCUGAGAUUGUGGGCCGUCAAGGCUGUAAAAUCAAGGCAUUGCGAACCAAAACGAAUACAUACAUUAAGACUCCUGUUCGCGGAGAGGAACCCGUCUUUGUAGUUACGGGUCGAAAAGAGGAUGUUGCCUUGGCCAAGCGUGAGAUUUUGUCGGCUGCCGAGCACUUUUCUCAGAUUCGAGCUUCUCGAACUAAGAAUUCCAUUAACUCGACAUUAGCCUUUGGACAAUUGGUAGCUAAUCAACCUGGCCAAACCACCGUUCAAGUUCGAGUUCCAUACCGAGUUGUUGGUCUCGUAGUUGGACCCAAGGGGGCAACCAUUAAGAGGAUCCAGCAACAAACUCAUACGUACAUUGUGACUCCGUCAAGAGAUAAAGAACCCGUUUUUGAUGUUACUGGCUUGCCCGAAAAUGUUGAGGCUGCCCGCAAAGAAAUUGAAGCCCACAUUGCAAUGCGUACCGGUAACGACAACAACGGCGGAAGCAUGAAUGGGCUAGGCCUCUACAACAUGGAUAUGAACGGAAUAGAUGAGCAUAAUGGUUUUAAUGGAUACUCAUCCUCAUCGGCAUUUAGUUCCUCUGGCUUGGACGGACCCAUGGGUAGUGGCAGCAACUUGUCGUCUACUUCAUCACAGAACAAGUUCAACAGUAUUCUCAAUGGAGGUGGAACAGAUUCUGCUUUCUCUAGUCUGGCCUCUUCUGGCAACUCAGGCAAAGGCAUUAUUCUUCAAAACAUAUUGGAUGGCAGCAAUAACUUUGGAGCCAAUGAUUCUCCGCUUCACAUGUCCGGGAGUGGUAUUGCUCGAAACGUACCUUGGUCAAAUGGAGGUGGAGAUUCGCACGACUCUGGCAUUGGAAGUUCACCUCCGUUUGAUAGAAACGGGCAUCACUCGUUGUUUGAUUCGAUUCAUCAUGAUCGUCUAGAAGUUAACAACGGCACCGCCAUUUGGGGCGAUAUUAACAAACUGCUUGGAAACCUCGAUUUAGAUGGACCGUCAUCCAAUAGCCUCCGAGGUCGUAGUAAUGGAGGCCCGAUCUCACGCAAUAUUCUCAACCACCACAAUCCGUCGACGAAUAAUCUUCUGAACUCUGUCAACCGCUUCUCAAGCACUGUUAGCAACGGCGAUGGACAUGAUUAUCUGAACGGAGAGUUCACAUGCUCCUCGAAUUCCAGUGACAUGAACAAUCAUCACAUGCAGAAACCAUUCAACUUGAACGUGGGCUCACGUUCCUCUCUUGAUCUCGGCUCCCUGGGUCGUCCCAGUGCCUCUAUCGAUUCUUCUUCGAACAACACUGCCAAAAAUUCAAUGCUCCUUCUGUCUUCAGGGGAGGUUUCUCCCCCUAUGUCGCUUCCAUACAGCAGCUCCAAUGGUAGUAGCAAUGGACACGCCCACCUUCAGCACCGAUCCUCGGUCAGCAGCGAACCCUCGGGUAUCCUCUUUCACGACCAGGAGCUGAACAACUUGACAGAUGGUAUCUGCAACGAAGUCGGACUAGCUAGUUCUACAUCGUCGAAGGCUUUAGGUCAUGGAGCCUAUGACGGAAGUUUGGUGGGACCACGAAGCUCUUCCUCCUCGAACUUGUUCAGUCGGGAUGACCAAGUCAUCGCAGGCUCUCGUCUCUCCCCAUCCAAUGGGCCAGCUCCAACUGCUACCAAAGAAGAUGAUUUUCUAUCUUUUGCUAACAAAUGAAAAUGGGACACUACCAUUCUCGACAGAGACAGUAGCUUUAUUACUGUUCGGUAAGUGCUAUAUUGAUUAAGUAAAUUUUCACCCACAAAUUGUUCAUUAUUAUUCAAUAUUGCUACUGCACCUGCUCCUUCAGCAACGUUCACCCUUGCUAUUACAAUUACCAUUACCACCUUAAACCUUUUGCGAGUUGGUAUUUCAAAUUGCCUUUUCCAAAAAAGUUGAACUAUGGGCCUUUUCACAAUUACUGCUACAUUAUGAGCAUCAUCAUAUUAAUGCUAAGAAUUCCAAUAAUAACAUUAAAACCAAUAAAAUACUAUCAUAGCAAUGGCUUAUGUAUUAUCCCGCUCUGACCAAAUAGAAUCGUCACCUCUGAUUUUGGCAAGUGCGUCAUCAAACUUCUCUACUGUCUUCAUUCAACUGCUCGUCCCACAAUUUAUAUUCCUAUAAAGACUGCUCUUGGUGAGCAUCCCCUAUCAAAUCUAUUUUGCUAAAUGGCCUGGCAUCUUAUUUGUUGACCGAACUAUCCCCGCCCGAUAAGGCGCAAUCGAUUUGAAUUGCGAUUCCCUCUUGCCCCACCCAUUAUCCCAGAAUGAAGUAAUCUACAGCUGCAUUCCCUCUUGUUGUUGCUAUUAUAAUCACCACCAUCAUCACAACCCCGCAAAAAGAAAUGCUUUAAGCAAGCCAAUCUCGAUAUUUUGGAAGAAAUCUAUGUACAUUCUAGGUGACAUUAGAAAUUUUGAAUUGUCAUGGACUGUAACGAACCUAAAUCAUCAAUAACCAUUGCAACAAAAAGAUACUUUAUUACAUACAACAACAAAGGCAAAAACCUAUAUCUUCUAUACCAAAUCAGAGUAAAGAUAAUGUUCAUAUUAUAUAUAUCUCUAUACAUAUAUAUUCAUCGUAGACAAAAAAGACAAAACAUAUUCGUGUUGUGUGGACAAAAAAAAAUAUCCGUAGAUUCAUUGUGAGUUCAAAUGCUACUUUCGUCUCUCUCCCUCUUUAUUCUUAGAUAACCUUUACCGCUGUAUGUGUUAUUAGCAUCCACCUAUACCAACCAUAUUCUUAUUUUUUAUAAUAUUCCUAUCAGAGUCUAAUGGUGUUUCGUGUGCGUAUGUAUCUAGCCAUCAAAUAUCUUCGUCAUCGUCUUCAGUGGCAAGAAUAUCAUCAACGCAAGUGAGAAAAGCAACAACUAAGUAGCUCAAUUUCAUAAAUAUCCACCUUCAGAGAAAGUCUCCUUAUCAUUUUACUCUCACCACGGUCCAUAAGGACUGAGCGAGCGAACUAAUGAACAAACUUACAAAAGAAUACCAAAUCAAUCCUCCUUAAACCACCCUCAUUGUCUUCUUAUGCCACGCCAGUAGGUGCGGCAAAAUCCUGAUAGCCCGCUUUCGUACUCUAUCAUUGAUCAAAGAGAUUUUCUAAAAAUCCAGCAAGUAUUCAAGCUAUUCCCUGAAAUGAAGACUUUUCAGCACUGAAAAUACUUUUCUACCUAAACGUUGAAUAAAUUUGUGUACCAUGA